CCUGUGACUGGUGAUUCCGAAGGGGAUGCUUAUCACCAACCCAGGUGGUCAUCUUUUCAAGAACAUCCCCGCUUCGGAGCAACUAUACACCCGUGAUCCAUGUGGCGAGGACUUCAUUCAGAACUCAGAACUAAUGCGUCAUCAGAGAGACCACCUGAAAGAAAAAGCCUGCGGGCGUGAGCAUUGUGGGAGGGGCUUCACCGACCAAUCAAGUCCCAUUUCCCAUCAAGCCGUCCUCAUGGAUGAGAAACCUUAUAAGUGCGACAAGUGCGGGAAGGGCUUCACCAGGAGCUCAAGUCUGCUUGUCCAUCACUCAGUCCAUACAGGUGAGAAACCUUUCAAGUGUGACAGGUGUGGGAAGGGCUUCAGCCAGAGCUCAAAGCUGCACAUCCACCAGAGAGUCCACACCGGAGAGAAGCCUUAUGAGUGUGAGGAGUGUGGUAUGAGCUUCAGUCAGCGAUCAAACCUGCAUAUCCACCAACGUGUCCACACGGGAGAGAGGCCCUACAAGUGCGGGGAAUGUGGAAAAGGCUUCAGCCAGAGCUCGAACUUACACAUCCACCGGUGCACCCACACAGGAGAGAAGCCGUACCAGUGCUAUGAAUGUGGGAAAGGCUUCAGCCAGAGUUCAGACCUUCGAAUCCACCUCAGAGUACACACUGGGGAAAAGCCCUACCACUGUGGCAAGUGUGGGAAGGGCUUCAGCCAGAGCUCCAAACUCCUCAUCCAUCAGAGAGUCCACACGGGAGAGAAGCCGUAUGAAUGCAGCAGGUGUGGGAAAGGCUUCAGCCAGAGCUCAAACCUGCACAUCCACCAGCGGGUUCACAGGAAGGAGCUCCAUUAAGUAACAUGAGCCCACUCGGGAGUUCAGAAUGCUUUUACUGUAAAGAUAAAUAUUUUUCACGGCUGAGUGUGCAUAUCAGAGGUAGCAUGCUUGCCUAGCACAUAUAAGACCCUUGAGUUUGAGCCCUGGUACCCCACACACAGUUUCCAGCUUAAUACUUUGUGCGUGUAGGAAUGUGUGUUCCUGCAGAGAGGGGUGCAUGUGUUGUGCUGGUGUAUGCAUGCCUGUGUGCACGUGCACGUGUGUGGAGGUCGGAGGAUGUCUCAGGUCCUCAGAUGCUUAAUCACAUUCGGGUGUGAGACUGGGGACCUGUCAGUCAUUCAUGGUAUGCAAUGUCACCAUGGCUAGGAUUACAGGUGUGUGCCACCACACCCAACUUUUUUAUGUGGAUUCUGCCUCAUGUUUUCUAGACAAGAGCUUUGCUGACUGAGCUAUCGCCUAGGGCCGGCCCCAGUUUAAAUCGUUCAACUCUUACCUUUGUAUUCCUCAAAGGAAAGGAAUAGCAAGGGUUAUUCCGAUAUAACUAGCUCUUCACAGAAGAAAUCAUUCGGAGUCCCCAGCACAUUUUAUGUUAUACAGUGAAUGGAUUACUCUGGUUCCUCAUAUGGGUAGAGUGUAAUGCAAUUCUGCCAGUGUUGUUAGAAGUAUAUUCCACAAUUUUACCUGCAAGAACUCUGUAUUUUU